GAAUCAAAAAGUAACAAGUUUUCAAUUCAAAUGCUGUUGAACUUCGACCAAGAUUGAACAAAAUCAUUAAGAAAGUCAAGAAAGAUAAUAAUGACAAGAAACAGCUAGACUUAUCAGCACUUUUUAUCAUAGGUAAGUCAAAUAAAGUCUGCUACAUCAAAAAAGGCCAAAAAUAUUUCUCAGAUUAUAUGAGGAGAAUUAUGUGAGUCAGACUUAUAACUUACCUAGUUAUAUCAUUCUAUAACAUUUGAUGGCUGAUGGCGCAGACUCAGAAGAAGCCUCGCACCAAGAUCAAGAGGAGAUAGCCUAUGCUGAGGGAGGUUGGGGAUGGGUGGUCUGUGCUGCAGCAUUCAUGGUUGCGUUUGUAGUUUUUGGGAUCCACUCUUCUUUUGGUGUUAUUUACUCAAAUCUUGUAGAGGAAAUGAAGUUGGAUGAAGCUGAAACAGCAUGGAUAGGCUCAUUGGCAGGCAGCCUCAACUUCCUUGGGGGACCUGCUGCAAGCUUUCUCUGUAACCGUUAUGGCUGUCGCCCUGUUGCUUUCAUUGGUGGCUUUCUAGCAAUCCUUGGUCUCUUCUUGACCUCUUUUGUACAAAAAACAGCUAAAAUGUAUGUCACAUAUGGACUGCUAUGGGGGGUAGGUUCAAGUUUUUGUUUCAUACCCUCCGUGGUGGUGUUAGGCCAAUAUUUUCAUCGCCGUUUUCCUCUAGCUAAUGGUAUUGCGUCUUCUGGUUCAGGCAUUGGGGGACUCUUGGCAGCACCAUUUAUCAAUUUUAUACUUUCCACUUUAGGAUGGCAAAAUUCAAUGAGAAUAUUAGYGUGUUUUGCAGUGCUACUGUUGCUUUCUUCUUUGUUUUAUCGACCAGUCAAAAGACAAGUCAAUUUGAGGGCAGUUUCUAAUGAAAGAUUAAAUGAGGCAACUAGUUUGGCUUUGCCUUCUGUUUGGAGAUGCAAGUCUUAUAUAGUUCUCGUUGUUGCAGUGGCAUUGUUCCAGUUUUGUUACCCUGUUCAAUUCAUGCAUUUAGUUCAGUUUUCCAAGACUAAAGGUAUUCCCCAAUCCCGUGGAUCAUGGCUUCUGGGAAUUCUAUCCAUCACUGCAACAGCCAGCAAGAUUAUUUUUGGGAAGGUUUCUGAGCUACAGUGCAUCAAUAGACUCUAUCUAUUCCAGCUUGCAAUCUUCGCAAUGGGUCUAGCAGUAGCCUUGUGUCCUCUUGCUACUAGUUAUGCUGGAGUCCUUUGCUUUUCUAUCGUUUAUGGCUUGUUUGAUGGUUGUUUUGUAGGACAGUUGAAUGUUGUGGUGUCUGAUAUUGUCGGGCAUGAGAGGUUAUCGCAAGCUGCUGGGAAUAUGUAUGGGUCUAUUGCUGUGCCUAUGAGUUUAGGGCCUCCUGUUGCAGCCUGGUUGUACAAGGCAUUUGAUUCUUACGAUGGAGCAUUCUUCGUAGCAGGAGGAGCUGCAAUACUGACUUCUCUGAUUCUUUUCUUAAUUCCGUUUUUGUCACGUAAAGAAAGGCUACAAAAUGUCACUAGACGCGAAACAUUACCUAUCGGAACGAGACUGGUUAGUGACGUAAAAUCACAAAGUGAAACUCACUCGAGGUAUUUAAAGAGUGGUGCCAAGAUAAGGACGAUAACCCUCAAAGAAACAAGAAACGGUACAGAAAAUCACGAAGCAGUUAAUCGGAGAUUUGAUGAUUUAUCGUUGAUUGCAAACGCUGAUUUAUCAGAGAGGGAGACUGUACUAUAGGCAAGGCUUGAGUACGGGAACAAAAAUAUCCAUUUUAUUAUAUUUUAAAUUUUAACAAACAAAUCCCAGUUAAACUGAGAAAAUUUAAGUUCGCGAUACUGGAGAGCAGUGUUUUGCCUUGUUUCAACCAUGGUGUGGAUGUGCAGGAAUGCCGGGUGGACCGGGUGGUCCAGGGGGACCUGGAGGUCCAGGGUAUCCAAUACUUCCUGGGCAUCCUGGGCGUCCUUGACAUCCCGGUGCGCCAUGAUAUCCUGGUAAUCCUGGUGGUCCCGGAGGGCCUGGAGGCAACCGACGACCCGGUAAACCCGGGGGACCGGGUGGUCCACAAUUACCUGGCAUACCACAUGGUCCUUGGGGUCCUGGGGCUCCCUUGUAUCCGUGGGGUCCUUGUUGUCCAGGGGGUCCAAUGAUUGGUGGUAGAUAUGGCGCUGGUGGGGGAGGCGGUGGUGGUGGUGGAUGAUGAUGGUGACAACAUUGUCGUUUACUGCCACCUUAAAUAAAUAACCAAUAAUAUAAAAUUAAAUUAAAGUCGCUUAUUACUAAGUACUUUUGUGUUUGAAUGGUUAGCUUAUUGAGGAAAAUGGGAUGAAGACCUCCCUGGCUUAAUGGAGCUAUGUUAAUGGGGAUCACCAUACUCCCCUACUUCCCUGUGGAUGAGUUGAAUUUACACUUCCGAUUGACGUCGGAGAUGUAUCCCUCAUAGUCUGACAAGAUACACAGAAGAACACAAUGGCAGGAUUAGAAGAAAGAGAUGAGGAACGUUUGCUAGAGGAAGAAUAUGAGGAAGAAAUAGAACGCUAUGCCUUAGAAAGUAUCCAAGAUUGAUUCUUUGAGCCCUGGAAUGAUAGCGACCUCAUCCUAGUGGUUGAACAAAAAAAAAUACAUGUUCAUCGUUUGAUUCUGACAAUUGCCUCGCCUGUGUUUAAACAAAUGUUAAAUGGAGAUUUUGUUGAAAAGCAUUUGAAAGAGAUUCCCCUUCCUGGGAAAAUUGCCUAUCAAUUUAUACGGUUUCUUAGACAGAUUUAUCCUCAGUAUCAAGAUGAUCUUAAUGG